GAGAAAGAUCUCAGCGCGGUCUGGUGGACAAGGAAGCGUCGAGAUUCAGGGGAAUUUGGGGAAGAUAGUGAAAAUACGAAACACGUAGAAACAAUAAUGUAGAAUGCAUAAUGAUGAAUAGUUUAAGGUCAUGAAAUUUUGCCGCCAUAAACAAAACGAAUAUUUACUUAAUAAUAAAGAUUUCCCAGUCAGAUUAGCUAACUGGCUAACUUUCGAUUACACAGUUAGCGGGCUAGCUAGCUAGCACCCGCGCCACACAGGUUUUCAACCUUCCGCUUUCCACGACCACCAGCAGUGUUAUGAACUCGGCGUCGAUUUGAAAAAAGGGGAAAGGAGUCGACAAUUGCGGUGAUUUGAGCGUUAAAGAGGCCUGUUCAACACAGGUGGCUCAGAAUAAGGUAGCUAGGUUGCAGCUUGCUGGCUAGUAUUUCUGAAGAAACUUCGGAAGCUACUACAGGCAACACAGCCAGGCCUGCUCUGUAGAGAGGGAGUGUUGUGUGUGCAUAGAGAAGCCGGCGUGGUCUGUCAGCGGCAGAAACAAGAAAGAUGUCUGCUCAAGCGCAAAUGCGAGCAAUGCUGGACCAGCUAAUGGGAACCGGGAGAGAUGGGGACAGCAUGCGUCAAAGGAUCAAGUUCACAGACGAGAGAGUGUGUAAAAGUCACCUUCUGGACUCCUGUCCUCAUGACAUACUGUCAGGCACGCGCAUGGACCUGGGGGAGUGUGUGAAGGUCCAUGAUCUUGCACUCAGGGCCGACUACGAAAUUGCCUCCAAGCAGCAGGAGUAUUUUUUUGAGCUUGACGCUGCGGAGCACCUGCAGUCCUUCAUUGCAGACUGCGACCGGAGGACAGAGCUGGCCAAGAAGCGUCUAGCUGAGACACAGGAGGAGAUCAGCGCCGAGGUGGCUGCCAAGGCGGAGCGAGUGCACGAGCUGAACGAGGAGAUAGGGAAGCUGCUGGCGCGGGCGGAGCAGCUGGGAGGCGAGGGGAAUGUGGAAGAGGCGCAGCAGGUGCUGGAGAAGGUGGAGAAGACACGAGCCAUGAAACGAGAGGCAGAGGAUAUAUACAGGAACUCUAUGCCAGCCUCCAGUUUCCAGCAGCAGAAGCUCAGGGUAUGUGAGGUUUGCUCGGCCUACCUGGGUCUCCAUGACAACGAUCGUCGCCUUGCUGACCACUUUGGUGGGAAGUUGCACCUGGGCUUCAUCGAGAUCCGCGAGAAGCUGGAAAGGCUAAGGAAAGCAGUAUCUGAGAAGCAGGAGCGAAUGCGAAUGAGAAGACGGGAAGAGCGAGACAGAGAGGAGGAGAGAGAGAGACAGAAGGAGUGGGAACUGGAGAGAGAGAGGGAGAGAGAGCGAGAGCGUGAACGAGAGAGGGAGAGAGAAAGAGAGAGAGAAAGGGAGAGGCGGAGAACAAGAUCAAGAAGUGGAGAGCGAUACAGGGAUGGUGGGAGCUCUUCCUCCCAUCGCUCCCGGCGACACCGCUCCUCCCGCUCGCGGGAAGAGGGAGGGGAGAAGGACAGGGAGAGGAGGCACAGGCAUAAGGACAGGCAUCGUUCCCGUUCCCACUCCCACAGGAGCAAGAAGAAGAGGGACAGAUCCCCACAUCACCGGGAGAGAGAACGGUCGCCAUCACUGGAGAGGGAGUAUGAGAGAGGAGUGGGAGGCGGAGACAUCUGGAGGGAAGAGCAGCGGAUCGGCAGGGAGAGAUCUUUCUCACCGGAGAUGGCGAGAGGGAGGGACGCGGCCCGGGAAAGAGAGAGAUCGUUGUCGUUGGAAAGAGAGAGGCAUUCCAGCUCCGAAGAGAGAGAAUCCGGGGAAAUCUAGAGAGACUGAAAGCUUGGAAGAUGCAGAGGGUAGGGGUGAUUGGGGGCUGUGCUGUAACACAACAGUGGGUAAGAGUCAGGAGAGGCGAUUUUGUAUGUACAUACAUUCGUUAGGCAAGAGGAGAUGCAUCUGGAGAGAGGAAGAUGAUGAGGCGGGACAGAAUAAGAUGGAGUCAGGUGACAGACAGGAAUUGGGAGGAAGGGAUGUAGAUUAGUUGGUAGGCAAAAGUGGAAAUUCCAUCCUAUCACUGGUAGUUCAUUUGUCACGGGUAAAUUGGAGAACAACAGCAGGAGGUCAUGGAGAAUUGCCGUUAAAAAAAGGAAGAGUGAGAUUCUACUCACAAGCUGUUUAUUUUACAUUACUGUGUUUUCCUUUUUUUUUUUUUUUUUUACUAUGGCCAUUAUUGUUGUUGUUAUCAAUACAGUUGUCUUUUUUCUGAACCCCUUUGAAAGAUGACGUUUCACGUAAUGAUCAUAUGGAAAUGCAUAUAUACACAUAAAUGCAAACACACAUAGCAUACAUAACAGACCUUGACUAAACCAAAUCGCACACAGAAGCCAUAUAUGAAGUUUACACACAUUGAGUGAUUCAAAAACCCUGAAAAAACACACACACACACUCACACACAAACAAGGAGUUUUGAGGCCCUGCACCUUGCUAC